GGAGAGCCGAGGCGCGGCGGCCGUGCGGGCCCGCGGAGUGCAUGGUGCCGGGCGCCCGGGCUGCCGGUCGGGAGGACCUCGGGGCGGGGUCGGGCUGAGCCCUGAGCCUUCGGCUUCAGCCUCGUUAGCCUCGCCCAGAAAUCGGCCUCCGGGACUGCCACGGGGGUCGCGUGGCUCCUCCCGCCAUGUCCCGGCUGCUGCCGCUGUUGGGAAGCCUGAGGCCGGGCCCGGCCGCCGCCGCCGCCGCCGCCGCGCCCCGCCCGCCGUCCUGGUGCUGCUGCGGGCGGGGGCUGCUGGCCAUCGCGGCCCCCGGGGGGCCCCGGCGGCUGGGCACGCACCCCAAGAAAGAGCCCAUGGAGGCGCUGAACACGGCGCAGGGCGCGCGCGACUUCAUCUACAGCCUGCACUCCACCGAAAGGAGCUGCCUGCUCAAGGAGCUGCACCGCUUCGAGUCCAUUGCCAUCGCCCAGGAAAAAUUGGAAGCUCAACCUCCCACCCCAGGACAACUGAGAUAUGUAUUCAUCCACAAUGCGAUACCUUUCGUAGGGUUUGGCUUUUUGGAUAAUGCAAUUAUGAUUGUCGCAGGAACACAUAUCGAGUUGUCUAUUGGAAUUAUUUUUGGAAUUUCAACUAUGGCAGCUGCUGCUUUGGGGAAUCUUGUGUCAGAUUUAGCUGGACUUGGACUUGCAGGUUAUGUUGAAGCUUUGGCUUCCAGAUUAGGCCUAUCAAUUCCUGAUCUUACACCAAAACAAGUUGACAUGUGGCAAACACGUGUUAGCACACAUUUGGGCAAAGCUGUCGGGGUGACGAUUGGCUGCAUUCUAGGAAUGUUUCCUUUGAUUUUCUUUGGAGGAGGUGAAGAAGAUGAAAAACUGGAAAAGAAAAAUUAACCCUCUUAGACUACAUAUAAAAAAGAUGUAAACUAAUGUACCUCAGUUAUGAAAUAUGCUGUCACAACAUUUAGGAAUUAAGACAGUAACAGUGUAUAGAUAUGGGAUCAAAUAAUUCAGCAUGUAUUAUGGAAAACACUAACUUAUUGUGGCUUGGUUUUCUUAUGACUUUUUUUUAAAGAACUAGUAACAUUUUAUGUAAAUUGUUGAAAUGCUUUUUCAUCGAUGGCAGUCAACAUUUUAUCUUUUCCUUCUCUUUCUGUAUCAAAAUAUUAUUUAAGUUCCAGUCAUUGCUGUACUGUACUGACUUGGGGUUUGCUUGUUUGGUACUUACCCGUGUGACAUGCAUGAAAACAUUUUUUGUUGCUGUUGUUGCUGUCUUGCUGUUCCCUGGUGGUUAUAAUCCAAUCAUGCGGUUUCCUCAGUUAUUUAGGAUGUACAAUAUCUUUUUUCUCUCUUUUUGUGAUAACACCAAUUUUAUAGUGUUUCACAGUAAACAUUUACAGUCAUAUAAUCUGUUAUUUUCUUAAUUCUUACAUCAAUGGAUACAGAUUUCAAGUGUUUUAUGUAUGUAAUAGUUUAAUUUCCUGACCAUUCUGUUUUAAGAGCCAGAGACUAAUCAGAAAGAGCAAUUAUGUAGUCUCCUUACAUAAAACCAUAUAUACUAAGUGUACUUAUUUCUAUUUGAUUUUUUUUAA